AUGAGCUCCACCCAACCAUUUCCUAAUGUCCAUUUGUUGGCACAAAGCAAGCAAUUGCUAGGCUUGUACACUAUUAUCAGAGAUAAGGAAACCAAGAGAUCAGACUUCAUCUUCUACUCUGAUAGAAUUAUCAGAUUAUUAGUCGAAGAAGGUUUGAACCACUUGCCAGUUACACCAAAGACCAUCACUACAGACACCAAGCAAAAAUUCGAGGGUGUUUCCUUCUUGGGUAAGAUUUGCGGUGUGUCUAUCGUUAGAGCUGGUGAAUCUAUGGAACAAGGUUUAAGAGAUUGUUGCAGAUCCGUCCGUAUCGGUAAGAUUUUGAUUCAAAGAGAUGAAGAAACCGCCCUGCCAAAGUUGUUCUACGAAAAAUUGCCAGAUGACAUUGCUGACAGAUACGUGUUUUUGUUGGAUCCAAUGUUGGCUACUGGUGGUUCCGCUAUUAUGGCUACUGAGGUUUUAAUUCAAAGAGGUGUCUUACCGGAAAGAAUCUUCUUUUUGAACUUGAUCUGCUCUAAGGAAGGUAUUGACAAUUAUCACGCCAAAUUCCCUGAUGUCAGAAUUGUCACCGGUGCUGUCGAUGCUGGUUUGGAUGAAAACAAGUACUUAAUGCCAGGUUUGGGUGACUUUGGUGACAGAUAUUACUGCAUCUAA